CCGCCAGACAAUGUUGGAACGACAAAUGGAUGAAGUAGAUAUUUCAAGUUUAGUUGUUGGGAACCCUCCUCCAACCUGUGAUCCUACGUAUUACGCCCAGAAACCUGCCCCAGAACUCGAGCAAUUGAAAGCGGCGGCUAAAUCUGGUGACGUUGACCGAGUUCGCGAGCUUUAUGCUUCGCAUCAGCUUUCUCCGAACGAUUUUGUUUAUUCUCUCACCGUGGCGCAGCAGCAUCAUCGGAUCGACGUUGCUAGGUUCCUGCUGGCUCAAGGUGUUCGCAUACAAAAUUUCCACGUGGAGAAUGCCAUCAACGAGAGAAAUUAUCCUUUUCUGACGCUUUAUUUGGAGCACGGAUAUGACAUUAAUAAACCAAUCAACUGGACAACUCCUUCGCCGCUCAUGUUCGACACCCUUCAUUCAUGCUGCAAGAUGGUGUCUGACUGAUUACAGACGAUCAUUUGACGACGAGAAGCUUUGCAGGUGGCUACUCGAACGAGGCGCUGACCCAAAUGCACCGUGUGUCCUCGAUCUCACACCACUUUCUGUGGCCGUUCAGAUCGCAUCUUUUGGUAUUAUAGCAUUACUUUUUGAGCACGGCGGCUCAAUCGACCAUGGGCAGUUAUUGCAUUAUGCUGUCAGGAGAGACCUAAAAGAUUGUAUUGACGUCCUGGCCUUCGUCCUCGACAGAGGCGCACCUAUCAAUCAGAUCAUGUACGAGAAUUCUCCCGCCAGCUACGAAUUGCAAAAGCCAUUUGGAAUCGGAACCCCUCUUCAUGAGGCCGCGAGGCUGGGCAAGCUGGAUGUGGUCGAUCUUCUUCUCGCUCGAGGCGCUGAUCCAACCAGGAGAGAUGUGCGACGGCAGUUGCCUGUUGAUAUCGCUGAAUGUUACAAUAACAAUGAAGUGGCGGAACGUCUCCGCGGUGUAAGCCGAUGAUGCAUGGAAAACACCAUUGAUCUUCGAGCCCAUGAAUAGAUGCCUUUAUGUAUGCCAAAGCUUGUACAUGGACCUGUAACGUUCUAAGCAGUACGCAUGACUGAUAAUUUUUCCUUUGCCUGCAAAUAAACCUAUUUAAAUUGACAACCCU